CUGCUGGUGUUCACCGUGAUGAGCCAUCUCUACUUCUGGGAUGUGUGGUACAGCUACCAUUACUGCGCUGCCAAGCUGAAGGGCUAUCAGCGCUUGUCGUCACCAGCCGCUUGCUACGAUGCCUUUAUUGCCUAUGACAGUGAAGAUCCUGCUGUGAACGAGUGGGUGCUGCAAGAACUGGUGGAAAGGCUGGAAAACCAAAAAGCCAGGCAGUUCAAUUUAUGCCUGGAAGGAAGGGACUGGCUCCCAGGACAGCCGGUCUUUGACAACCUUUCCCAGAGCAUUCAGCUGAGCAAAAAGACCAUAUUUGUGCUGACCAACAGGUAUAUUAAAAGUGGCCGCUUCAAGACAACAUUUUAUAUGGCUCAUCAGCGCCUUCUAGACGAAAAAAUGGAUGUCAUUAUCUUGAUAUUUCUUGAGAAGGUUUUGCAGCAGUCCCGCUAUGUCCGUCUGAGGAAGAGGCUAUGCAGAAGUUCAGUCCUGGAAUGGCCAACUAAUCCUCAGUCUCAGCCCUACUUCUGGCAGUGCCUGAAAAAUGCCAUAGCUAUGAGCAAUUCUCUGGCUUACAACAAGCUUCUUCAAGAAACUGUUUAGUUCUACUCUUUCCCUUAAAUAUUGUCAUGAUGCACAUGCACCUUGCUUGACACUUUUUAGUGCACAGCAAGAAACAAUGCACUACCCCCUGGAAGUCACUUUUGCAGAAAAUCACCACUUCCAGCUUUUAGUUCAAUAUUUGCCUCCAGCAUCUCCUGUGGUUGGGGCAAGUGUGGAUUAGACACUUGGUCAACAUGCUCAGGUAUACAGAGUGAAGGAGUGGUUGGACCAUGCCUAAAGUUGCACUUCAGACAAUGCUGGAAUAAAUGGGAUUUUAAUUAAAAUGUAUACUUUCUCUAUUUGCUGUAUUUAUGAAAAUCAAGAAAUGAAGUCGCUUACACAUAUGUGUCUGGAAA